CCACCUCCCUCUCCCCUUCCCGACUUCGUCUACAAAAUCACCCCCACCGCCCCUCCCGACCCCAUCCCUGAAGAAUACCCGCCCUCAGACCUCGACCGGCAGGAUGGCUUCAUACAUCUAAGCACCUCGUGGCAGCUCCCCAUCACAGCGGACCUCUUCUUCCAGUCCGCCCGCUCCUUCUACGUGCUGAAGCUGCGCCUGGCCAACUUCGACGCCGCCGCCGUCCGGUGGGACGAGACGGAGGGCACGAACGGGUGCCCGCACCUGUACGGCAACUUUGGCGCGCGCGACGUCGUCGCCGUGCGCGAGUUCCGGCGCCGCGAGGACCAGUCGUGGAAGGAGGCCCUCGCGGGGGAGGAGGAGCGCAAGUGGUUG